GAAAGUACAUUUCUCCAGAGACGAAUCAAAGCGUGCUUUUGCGUCGAGUGCCCUGCUUCCGCCUUCCGGGUCAAACGGGACACUGGACUUAACACAGAAGGAGGGCAAGCGGCGGAGCCGAGGGCGGGCGGCGGCGGGAUACUAGCUUCACCCGCCUCUUUCCAUUCCUACGCAGACGGGUGGGGCCCACAUCUGCGUAAGAAUGGAAAGGGGCCGGAAGGGGCCGGGCCGCAGGCGCCCAGACUUCCGGCACUCAGCCGGGCUGCCCUGCGGGUAGUUCUAACGCGAGGCGCGCGAGCGGACUGGGUGACGUCAAGGAAGGCAGUGGGGCGGGGGACGUGUUGGGCAUGCGCAAUAGAUUGACUUCGCCCACCCUGGCCCCGCCGCGGUAAGGACCUGGCCACGCGGGUGGGAUUUCCAGUUUUGUGGCAGAGGGCGGGCGCCUAGCGGCUUUCUUGGCAGCGGGCAGGAAACUGGCAGGAGUUCCUGAGCCUGAACGUGCAGCGGAAGUAGAAGAACGCCCUUCUUCAAGUGUCUGGAGCUCAGAGAUGCAGCCCAGGGGAGGGAAAUGUGACUAGUUGAGGAGGCCAUGCUUACUGUUGCUGCCAGGUCCCAUGUCAGCACCAAGUCCUCAGCUGCUGGUGGCAGCUGCUCAGCAGACCCUGGGCAUGGGAGAGAGACGAGGCCCACCCCGAGCUGUCUGCCUUCAUCUAGCCGGAGAGGUGCUGGCUGUGGCCAGGGGACUGAAGCCAGCUCUGCUCUAUGAUUGCAACUGUGCAGGGGCAGCGGAGCUCCAGAGCUAUCUGGAGGAGCUGCAGGGCCUGGGCUUCCCGGCCCAGGGACUUCACAUCCUUGAGAUUGGAGAAAACAGCCUGAUUGUCCUUCCGGAGCAGGUGUGUCGGCACUUGGAGCAGGUGCUGCUUGGUACCAUAGUCUUUGUGGAUGUUUCCAGCUCUCAACUUCACCCUUCCAUCUGCUCCCUGGACCAGCUUCAGGACUUAAAGGCCCUCGUGGCUGAGAUCAUCACACAUUUGCAGGGGCCACGGAGGAACCAAUCCCUGGCAGUCUCCUGCAGCAGGCUCCGUUCCUCAGACUGGAAUCUCUGUACUGUGUUUGGGAUCCUCCUGGGCUAUCCCGUCCCCUAUACUUUUCACAUGAACCAGAGAGGUGACAACUGCUUAGCCCAGACUCCACUACGGGUGUUCACCGCCCGGAUCUCAUGGCUACGUGGUCAACCACCAGUCUUGCUCUAUUCCUUUAGUGUCCCAGAGAGCUUGUUCCCAUCCUUGAGGAACAUUCUAAACACUUGGGAGAAGGACCUUAGAACUCGAUGUAGGACUCAGAAUGACUUCGCUGACCUCAGCAUCUCCUCUGAGAUAGUCACACUGCCGGCUGUGGCGCUCUGACUUUAACUCUUUUCCUGUGUAGAAGGAGCCCGGUAAAUGAUCAGCUCUAGGUCAGAGAUGGCACACAGGAAUCAUCUCAAGUGCCAAUUCCAAGCAUCUCGGGGACCUAGGGAAGAAUGCUGUAAUAAAUUUGCCAUUUUUAUGCUGAACUGGACUAGGGAGAGUAGACCAGGAUGCUUCAGGAAUAAACAGAGUUCUUUGGAACAGAGGCCAUUAGGUGAAGUUUGUUUAUUUUUACAGCAGGUUAAAAAAAUGAGAGUCAGAAAUCUCAGUUGAGUUGGAAAAACCCACACAUUAAAGUACCCAGACCUGAGUUUUUUACUGAAUUUCUUGCUUCUGAUUUUCACCCAAGGCAGCUGUCACCAGUUAUUCAGAGCUUCAGGCUGUCCUUAUUGGCCAGGAACACUGCCACUGCUAUAGCAAUCAGUGCCAUCAGCAUCAGAAGCCAUCGGCCACAUUGCCUUUGUGAGGAGGGAGGGGGAGAGAAGAGAAAGAGGCCAUGGGUUGGUCAGAGAAGAUGCAGGCAAAAAUAAUCUUCCUUCUUCCCAUUCUAGCCCAGUGGAAAACCUUGGGUUGGUGGAGGAGAAAAAGCUUUUUAUAUCUCUGUCUCUCUCACUUUGCCACCUCCCUUGGGAUAAAACCACUUUCCAGUGGUCACUGGCCCAGCGAACCACAGCCAGCGGGGGCCAGGUACUUCAAUACUGAUAUGAAUAAUCAAAAGUGGAAAAUAACUCAGCAAAAUUGUAUUCUGUUUAUAUUCCUUUUCUCGUCACUCUGUCCUUGCCGCUAUACUCAUAAUAGACUAAAAGAACACCGUUUCAUACUUCAGCUAGUAGUAAGUUUUUCCCUUCAGGCUCAGGCUUUCCAUGAAAAUUAGGCUUGGAGGCAUGAGCCAGUGUUUCUUUACAUGGUUGCUAUACUCUCAGUACAGUAUAAACCAAGCUGAACGGGGCCGGCUGGUCAGAUGUUGGCAGGGGCUGAACAAUUUUAUGGGCAAGAUUUGGCUAAAGGAGGAAUCGUCCCACGAUCACCUAGGGCUGUAGGGGAGGAUAGACCCUCUUACUCUGGGAGGCAGCUGCUGGCUCUGGUUCAGCUCUUCUCGACAAUGCUGCAGCUUACGCAGGCAGGAGAGAUACUCAUCACUGAGGUUGUCUAAUUCUGAAUGCAGUUCUUUGCACUGUGUGGGGGCGGGGGGGGAGGGGCGUUGCGGGAGAACACCACCAAGGUCAUCAAGACAGUUCUGUCAGGGACAGAGCCCAGGUAGGGGAGAGGGCCCUGUGUAAGUUGCCCUGUCAUUCAUUUGGAAUUUUUACCUCCAUCCUCCCUUCCCAGCUUUUCUCAGAGCUUUCAGUUUGCCUUCUGACUGUCUCACCUAGUUUGUUUGUAAUGUGUUCAUUUAAAUGAUUGAUUAUAAUGCAUAUUAUUAUAUAUCACACAUGUGUGACAGUUGUAUGUGCCAGUGCUUUGUAAAUGGAGACACACAAAAAUGAAGUUCCUAUAGCACACACAACCUGGAAGAGAUCUUAGUGCAAGUCUCUUUGCUGGGAACUAGUUGCAUGUGAACACUUCAGGAGCUACGUAUUUCUGUGAGUAUGGAAGAUAGGAAGAGAUAGGCAGAGUUUUGUUAUUUAAAAGACACUGUAUAAAGUUUUAAGAUGCUCAAUGUAGGACAAAGUUUGAGGAGUUAAUGUGUUUGUUAAAUGUGUUUGAGUUUAGGUUGACUUUCUGAAAAGUAACUCUUUAGUAAAACCUUGAAUAAGGGUUGGUAUAAACAAGAGAAAAGAUUGACAGGUUAACCCGAAAGCAAAGAUGUUUUAUUCAGGCCUAAAUGAAUACCUGCAGGCACCCAAUCACAACUUAAGCUCAGAAAUGCCUGUUGUCUGGCUGCCUCCCAGCAGUGUCCCUGUCACUGUAGGAUGAGCCCCUUACUAUCGGAGGUCACCAUCUCACCUCCUUUUCCUUGGCCAAGAGCUGCAAAGUUUUCUUUUGGAGCUGGUCUCUGAAAUCCCAGUCCUUCUCCUUCCCUGGACCACUUCGUUAUGGGAGGGCUUUGGACUCCACCCAGGCAAAGCCUGAUCUAAAAAAUCAGCCAGAAUUGCAGUGAAAGUGAGGCCCAUACCUCUGAGGAAUGGUCCCUACACACUGAGAGAAGCCCUAAGCGGGAGGGAAUAAGGAAGGGCCUGUCCCUGGCCAGACCGUGUGGAUUGCAAUUCUCUGACUUUUAAAGAACAUCCAUUGGGAUCCUGCCCAGACUGGACAGAGAGUGGGAAUUUGAGCCCCUUGAGGGCAAGGUUGGCAUUUUACUUUUGUCUGUAUCUCUAGUCCUGUCUAAAGCCAGAUACUUUUAGAAAAUACUCAUUAAUUUAGUUUCUUUGGUUGCAUGUCACAUCUUUUAGACUGGGAGGUUUGCUGGAUGCUUCAGUAUAACUCCAUUUUCCUUCUGUCCUUGUUUCAAAAUGGUGAGAUGAGAAUGGCAGUCAUGUAACGCAUCUUCAUGUAGUUAAAGAUGGUUUUUCAGCCACCUGGCAGUCUGCAUCGUGGUGAAGAGAGCCCUGGCCUGGGAGUCAGAAAUUCUGGAUUGUGGUCAUAGCUGUGUCCUUAAUUUGUAUGACCACAGACCUUCACUGACCUUCAUUUUCUUAUCCAUCGUAUGUGGGCAUAAUACUUCCUUCUUUAUAUUCUACCCAGUGAUUGUGAUGACAAAACAGAGGGCCAUGUGCAGUGGAUAAAUGAGGAGCUUUUGCCCCUCCAGAUGUAUGAUGAAUUCUUCUCAGGAAGCUAAGGCAGCAGACUUGAGGGCUGAGAGUGAGGUGACUGUUCCAUGUGACGUGGUUUCUACGUGGGGAGCUGGAUGUGGUUUGGAAAGUUAAGGGUAAAAAUUAACAUAAAAUCCUGAGUUCAAAAUCAGUUUAUUGAAAUAGUCAAUGCAGACAUAUGUUUUCAGAGGGAGUAGGAAUCCUUUUCACAGUUUAUAUACCUCUCAGGAUAGGAGGCUAACUAAACUAUUCUCAGAGCCAGUGAUGAGUCCUUAAAAUGGCCCUCUAGCUCCCUGACCUAAUAGACUCCCAGAACUGGGUGGGACUCCAAGAGGUCAUGUAGUCCAUCCCUCUGUCUCUAGGCGGACAGGGAAAGGGCAAUAUCUUAGAAUUUGUGGAAAUAAAUUUGCUGACCUUUCUUUGUUAA